CUCAAGCUCUCUCAUCGCAUUUGUAAGGGCUAGUUGCGUCAUUCGAAUGCCGACGGAUAUAAGGGCUACAAGCACGUCAGCAAAUAGACAGCAUUAUAGCGAUCGUAGGUCACCUUCCAUCUCUCUUGGUAUAUGUACGCGCGAUCAUCUUUGCGAUUCUUCACCAGCAAGCAACUCUCAUACACAGCAAGCAGAUCAUACAAUCGAGUGCAGAGCAUACCGCCGCUGAGAAACGCCCGACCUCAGCAGACCGCAAACAUGACGACAGCGAUUUUCAAACACAUCGAUACCACCACGUAUACCGGGAAGCCUUGGGGAAAGGUCGAUGCCGACGCAACAUCAUUCAAACUCGAAGAUGUAGAGCGCAACGUGCACAACAUUCGAGGACGCGAACAAGAAUUCACUACAGACAACUCCGGCUUCGCCGUAUACAACUCGCCCGCGAAAGAGAAGCUGUUCACAGACGACAAGGCAGUGCGUGAGGGAUACUAUGCCGAGGUGGAAGACCUGCUCCGCAAGAACAUCAAGGGUAUCAAGAAGGUGCAUAUCUUUGACCACACAAUUCGACGGAAGGACAAGGCUUCGCCGCGACAGCCCGUACAGCAGGUGCAUGUGGACCAGACUGCAGGAGCCACGGACGUUCGUGUGCGACGACAUCUCUCAUCAGAAGCGGACGAGCUUCUCAAGGGCCGCUACCAAAUCAUAAACGUGUGGAGGCCCAUAGGACAUCCGGCGUCGGACUUCCCGCUCGCGGUUGUGGACUGGAGAAGUACGGAGCCGAAGGACUUCAUCCCAGUCGACCUUCUCUACCCAGUCCGUCCAGAUUCCGCCAUGGACGAUGACGACAGAGGCAAAGAGCGCCUGGCAGACCCGGCUACUUUGCAGUCGACCGAAGGCUACGAAGCGCGAGGUGAGACGCUCGGAGUCGCAGCCAACGAAAACCACAAGUUCUACUAUAUGAAAGAUAUGACACCUGACGAGGUUAUGCUGUUGAAGUGUUAUGACAGUUUCGGAGUCGGAGAGAAGUUCGAGCAUGAAGGCAUCGCCACUCGAACUCCACACACGGCUUUCUUUGAUCCCAAUACUCCUGCGGACGCGCCGGGUAGGCAGAGUAUUGAGGUUCGAUGCUUGGUAUUCUACGAAUAGGCAUGAAAUAGAGUGAUAUUGUUGAUAGAAUGCAGUCACGACCAGGAAGUUCGCCAAAGACCGCAAUUUCCCACUACGCCCG